AUGACAGGCUUACCAGACCCACAGGAGAACGGAAAAAGUAGAAAAGCGAAAAACCAAAUAGAGGUAGGUAGACAUUAUCCAAACGAUAAGAAACCUACAUACGUGAUAUCCAAGGAACACCUACAGGAAGUGACGUCGCACUUGGAAACACUACCCCAGUUUCAAACACUCGAAGAUGAGCCUCUAGCUAAUCAUAUUGCAUAUGAAAGUAUAGUUGAUAAAUAUGCUAGUGAAAAUGGAAAUUUCAAAACCAAUCCUCGACUAGCAGACCCCAGAACGAGAAACACCUUGCUCGAAUUAAUGAAAGAUGUGUAUGGAAGAAAAUCAGUAUUGUUCGCUCUCGAUGUGGAAGCAUGGGAGCUAGAUACAAAUAUUGUAACGGAAAUAGGUAUUGCAAUUUACGAUCCUCGGGGUCAAGCUAGUUCUUUAAUGCCUGCAACCAUUCAACUUCAUAUUCGUAUAAAAGAACACUUAACUAGAACCAAUGGGAAGUACGUACCUCAUCACGCACACAAUUUCAAUGGGAAUACUUCUUAUAUAAUGAGCGAGUAUGAAGCUGCAACAUUAACACAAAGCUUGAUUAAUUUUUAUUUCAUCUCGGCCGAGAAAAAGGGCACUGGGUGUUAUUUAGUAGGACAUGAUUUAAAAGGAGAUGUAAAGUGGAUGAACUCCUUGGGUGUGACGUUUCCAUCGCAAUUCAAAUCUUUGGACACAAACCACUUGUUCAGGAUAUCUCAUGGGAAAGAAAAUAUAAGUUUAAAACGAGCACUAGCUUUUGUUCAAAUACCUUUUGCUUACUUACACAACGCUGGGAACGAUGCAUACUACACACUAUUGUUGGCCAUGAAACUAUGUGACCCAUAUUCAAGGGUUAGGUACAGAUUGGAUGUCUUGAUAAAUGUUGAAACAUAUCCAGUAUUAACAAAGGAAGAGAAGAACGAGAGAAAAAAGAGGCGGCGUCAGGCAAGAUUGGAGGCAAUAGCAAGAGGCGAACAUGUCGAAGAAGAACACCAAAAACAGCAAGCCUCAAAACAGACAACGAAAAAGUCCAAUAGGAAAAAACUAACCUGUGAGUCUAUUGAACUAGAAAGUGCUAUUGAGGUCUUUGAAGCUAUGUUUAAACAAUAA